GCGUCCUUUCUCGCUAUUCAAUCCAAAAAUAUAAAAAAUCUUCCCUUCAUCCAAUCUACUUUAAACUAUUUUCCCUCUUUUUCUACCUUCACUCCUUUCUCUCUCUCUCUCUCUCUCUCUCUCUCUCUCUCUCUCUCUCUCUCUCUCAUUUUCCAUUGAUUCUUGAAUUAGCUCUUUCACUUUCCCUCUGUAUAUCACUUUGUGUAUAUCACCGCAACUUAAGUUUCUCACAACUUCAAUCAUUAUUAUUAUUUUUGUCUGUAUUUCGUGAUCAUCAGACGUUAAUAAGUCCGUGUCAAGUUGAAUUAUUAUUACUGUAUUAUUUUUUGUGUGUUUGCUCUUACGGAUCAUUAGAAAUGGCUGCUAACAAAUUCGCAACCAUGUUACACAAAAAUACCAACAAGAUCACAAUGGUUCUUAUGUAUGCAGUGUUGGAAUGGAUUUUGAUAAUUCUACUUCUACUCAACUCUUUCUUCUCCUAUAUGAUCAUCAAAUUUGCUGAAUAUUUUGGACUAAAGCCACCUUGUCCAUUAUGUUCUCGAAUUGAUCAUGCAUUCGAUCAUCAAAGGACUAAGACUUUUCGCAGAGAUCUUGUCUGUGAAAUACAUACUACAGAGUUAUCCAAACUUGGUUUCUGUUUAAAUCAUCAGAAGUUGACUGAAUCUCAAGAUCUCUGUGAGGAUUGCUCAUCCUCACGCCAUGAUUUUUGUGGAGUUCUGGAGGAUGGUGAGGUGAAUUUGAAGUGUUCUUGCUGUGGUGUGAUCUUGGAGAGGAAAUUUUCGACUCUGAAUAAUGAUAUUUUGACUAAGCCUUAUUCUGAUGAUUUGGGAAAAGGCAAUUUGGCUAUUGAGUCAAAAGAUGAUGAUCUAAUGGAUAAAGGUUAUGAUUUCGAAAAAGAAAGAUCAGAUUUUGCCAUAGGAAGUUGUGGGAAUGAAGAAAAAACUGAUCUUUCUGAUUUUUCUUUGCCUGUUUCUGAGAUUAGAAAAUUGGAAGGUAGUGAAGAUGAUGGGGAAUGUUUGGUUCUUGAAGGAAUAACGGAUUACAUAGAGGAGCACUAUAGAGAAAGGGUCAUGAAAGAUGAAGCUGUUCAAGUUUGUGUAAUUGAGGACUCAUCUUUUGAAUUUUCUCCUCAGCAUUUGGAUUUUUUCGUCGAAUGUAGUGGUCAGAAGUUGGUUCCUGUUGAAUUGAUUGAUUCAAUAACUGAGGAAGAUCACAGCCAAAAUCAACCGAUGCACGAAAAUUACAUAAAGAAUAACGAUGAAGUCAAUUUUAGUUCUGAGGAACAAGUCAAUGACGAAGUUGAAUUGGUUGUUGAGAACAAGAUUGAGGAGGAACCUAAGUUUAUAGUUCUUGAUUCUAUGGAGAUGGAGGAAAAUGAGAAUGGUUUCGGUUUUUGUGUUGAAGAAUGCCUUUCAGUAAAAGAGGUUCAUGAGCAAUUUGACAAUACUCAGUUGCGGCAAGCACUUGCUAGGGAUAAUGUUCAAAUUGAAGUUGAAAGUGUAAGGGAAGAAAAAGAUUCAGAUGUUCAACAAGUUUCAGAAGAGGCUUCCCAAACACCACAAAUUAAUGAAAUUGAGGCAGAAGUGUUAAUUGGAAAUGAAAUUCCUAUUAUGAAUCUGUCAGAUGAAAUUUCAUGUCAAGUAUCUCCUAAUUCCUGUACACAUGAAGAACCUUCCACACGUUCUGCUCAUUUCCAUGAAAUUGAUCAACAUGGUACUAAAGAAGAUCAAGAAAAACUAGUACAAUUGAAAUUAUUGUCAGUAGAACUUGAGGAACAUGUGAUGAACAAGCAAUCAUCAAUAUCUUCGAAAUUGGAUGAGACUGAAGAAGAAAAAGUUCCAGAAACACCAACUUCUACCGAUAGCUUCCAUCAGUUGCAUAAGAAAUUACUACUCUUUGAGAAGAAAGAUUUCGGAACUGAGUCUUUUGAUGGGAGUGUGGUUAGUGAGUUAGAAGGUGGAGAUACAGCUUCAUCGAUUGAACACCUGAAAUCAGCGUUAAAAGCUGAGAGAAAAGCUCUACAUGCUUUGUAUACGGAGUUAGAAGAAGAGAGGAGUGCUUCUGCUGUCGCUGCUAAUCAGACAAUGGCUAUGAUAAAUAAGCUUCAAGAAGAAAAAUCAGCAAUGCAGAUGGAAGCACUGCAAUACCAGAGAAUGAUGGAAGAACAAUCGGAGUAUGAUCAAGAAGCGUUGCAACUCUUGAAUGAGCUUAUGGUAAAGAGGGAGAAGGAAAAGCAAGAGCUAGAGAAAGAAUUGGAAGUAUAUAGGAAAAGGUUAUCGGAAUAUGAAGCAAAAGAAAAGGCAGCGAGGAUGUUGAAGAGAAGCAAAGAUGGAAGUGUUGCAAGAAGCGGAUUUUCAUCAGCCUCUUACAGCAAUGGUGAGGAAAGUGAGGAGGUAUCUAUUGAUUUGAAUCAAGAACCAAAGGACUGUGACAGCUUUUAUUGUCAUCAAGAAUGUGAGGAUCAUAAAGUUCAAGUUGAUGCUGUUCAAGAAUUGGAAGAAUCUUUUGUUGAUUUCGAGGAAGAGAGGAUGUCCAUUCUUGUGCAGCUAAAGAUCUUGGAGGAAAAGCUUAUAACCAUGGAUGAUGAGGACACAAAAGGAUUCGAGGAUGUUAGGCCAAUGGACGAUUCAUAUAGAGAGAAUGGAAACCACACAAAGGAAAUUUCUCAUUUAGAUGUAGAGAUAGACGGACAUGCCAAUGGAUUUUUGAGUGAAAUGAAUGGGAAACACCAUCCACAAAAAAUAGUCAAUGCUGAGGGAAAGGGACUUCUUCCACUUUUUGAUGCAAUGAGUGACGAAAACGGAGAUGUUAUGCUAAAUGGACAUGAAAAUGGCUAUUCCAAUGGUGGUCAUGAGGAAAACAAGAGGUUAGAUGUGGAAGAGGAGUUGGAUUAUCUACAUGAAAGGCUACAAGCUCUUGAGGCAGAUAGAGAGUUCCUAAAGAAUUGCGUUAGCUCGUUGAAGAAAGGCGAUAAAGGGAUGGAUCUUCUUCAUGAAAUCUUACAACAUCUUCGUGAUCUAAAAAACGUUGAUCUUCGUGUAAGGAGCUCAUGUAACAGUCUCAUGUAACAGUCAAGUUCUAGCUCAAUUACCGCGCCAAAGAAGAUAAAUUGCCGUGAUCUUGGAGUCCUUGGAAGCUAUUUUACUAAAACAGAAACUCAAUGAUGCAACUGAAAUCUAAGGCAUAGCUGAUAAAACUCUGCUCUCAUUGCAGAAAGUUUAUGGAAGGAUAAAUGCCUUGACAUAGAGAUAAGACCCUGGAAAUGGUCUGUGCAUUUUGGUCCUAAUGGUAGGCAUCAAUGGUUCUGAGGUCUGCCUAUGUUUUUGUCCGGAAGGUCCAAAGGUCAUUUGUCAAAGUUAGAUCCAAAAUUUUGGAAGGGGGAUGGGGUCAAAUCUCCACCUUUUGUGGGCAAAAGGAGGGGAAUGCUGAAUGUGUGUGUAGUCCAACUAGGGUGAAGCUAUUCUGUCCUUUUUUUUUUUUUUAUAGUAACAGUGAUGUCCGAGUCAGCUUACGUGUGCUUCAAUUAUUUUGCUAUGUACCUGCAAUCUUUCACUAGCACUGAUCUGGCUUUUGUAUGUUCUGAAAGGGGACAAAGCACGGGCUUUGCAAAGCUGGAGAGAGUCCAGCAAAGAUUCCAGUGCAAGGCAAUUUGUCCUUGUUUAUUGUAGACAAUUAGGAGUAGCAACAAUUUUCUUGUCUUUUGUUUUUUCUCUCCCAUUAGCAUUUUAAGAGGGUUAAGGCAUAGAGGGGAAAGUAACUUCUUUUUUGCCUUAUUUCUCAUUUCUUUUUCAUCAUUUCAUCACAUGAGAUUUGUUAAGUAUUGGUAUUUUAGAAGGAAAAGUUUAAUUGUACAUUACAUGUGUCUUUGUAAGAGUACAUAAUGAGUGAGUGUUUUCUUUAAUUUUAUUUUUGUUUCUA